AUGGCGGCCACGGCCACGACCCUGAAGGGCCAGCCCCUUGACCGACCGGUCCUCGAUUCCAUGCUGCGGCGGCGCAUGUUCUAUACCCCUUCCUUCGAAAUAUAUGGUGGCGUCGCUGGUCUGUACGACUACGGCCCUCCUGGUUGUGCCCUCUUGACAAACAUUAUUGACACAUGGCGCAAGCACUUCAUCCUUGAGGAGGAUAUGCUGGAGGUGGACUGCACGGCCUUAACUCCUGCCGAGGUUCUGAAAACUAGUGGACACGUGGAGAAGUUCGCCGACUGGAUGUGUAAAGACCCUAAGAAUGGCGAUAUCAUAAGGGCAGAUCAUUUUGUGGAGGAGAUUCUGGAAGCUCGACUAAAGGGCGAUAAGGAAGCGAGAGGCGUGAAGGUCGAGGAGAAAGAAGAAGACCCUAAGAAGAAAAAGAAGAAGGCCAAGGCCACAGAAGCUGUCAAGCUGGACGAUGCCGUGGUGCAGGAGUAUGAGGAAGUGCUAGCAAAGAUUGAUAAUUACAACGGCGAAGAGUUGGGCCAACUUAUCAAGAAGUACGAACUCAAGAACCCCGCAACUGGCGCCGAGCCCUCUCAACCUGUGGCAUUCAACCUCAUGUUCCAGACUGCUAUUGGCCCUAGCAGCCAUGCUCCUGGUUAUCUACGUCCAGAAACUGCACAAGGCCAGUUCUUGAACUUCGCAAAGCUCCUAGAGUGGAACCAACAACAAAUGCCAUUUGCAUCUGCAUCAAUUGGCAAAUCCUUCAGGAAUGAAAUCUCGCCACGUGCUGGAAUUAUCCGUGUCCGAGAAUUUCUGAUGGCUGAGAUCGAACACUACGUUGACCCUCAAGGUGGCAAGAAACACGACCGUUUCCACGAGGUUAAAGACGUGGAGCUUAUUCUUUUGAACCGUCACACCCAAUUGGCUGGCAAAACAAAUGUCGAAAAGGUUUCUAUCGGCAAGGCUGUUGCUGACGGCACUGUUGAUAAUGAGACUCUCGGCUACUUUCUAGCCCGUAUACAUCUUUUCCUAGAGAAGAUUGGUAUUGAUCAAUCUAAGAUUAGAUUCAGACAGCACAUGGCAAAUGAGGCUGCUCACUACGCGAAAGACUGCUGGGACGCCGAAAUGCAAACCAGCUACGGUUGGAUUGAAUGCGUUGGGUGCGCCGACAGAAGUGCCUAUGAUCUUACAGUCCAUGCUAAAAAGACUGGUGCUCCACUAAUGGUCCGAGAGAGAUUAGAUAAGCCUAUUAGUAUUGAGGAGUGGCAGAUCGACCUCGACAAAAAGAAGUUCGGCCCCCAUUUCAAGAAAGACGGCAAGACAGUCGAAGCUGCUAUUGAAGCACUACCCCAAGAUAAGCGCGAGGCUUUGGCUCAGGAUCUCCAGUCAGCUGGCAAGAUUACCGUCGAUGUUGAGGGCGUUGGUAACGGCACGGUAGAGAUCAGCAAAGAUCUUAUUACCAUUGAACGAAGAACCCGGGUUGAGAAUACGCGGGAAUACACGCCUAAUGUCAUCGAGCCAUCGUUUGGCCUUGGCAGAAUCUUAUAUGCCCUGCUUGAACAUAGCUAUUGGACUCGUGCCAGUGAUGGCGGUGAUGAAGCACGCUGUGUGCUUUCAUUCCCUCCUACUAUUGCCCCGACCAAAAUCCUGCUUGUCCCACUCUCUUCCCACGAAAGCUUUAAGCCGCUCCUCAGGCACAUGUCACUCAAGCUCCGCGGUCUGGGCAUCUCUAGCCGGAUUGAUGACUCUUCCGCUUCAAUUGGCAAACGAUAUAGCCGAAAUGACGAGCUGGGCACACCCCUUGGUAUUACUGUUGACUUCCAAAGUGUUAAGGACAAGACGUUCACUCUCCGCGACCGAGAUUCUACCAAACAGGUCCGGGCGGAUGAGGAUAAGAUCAUUGCGGCUAUCAAGUCGCUAACUGAUGGAACGAAGGUCUGGGCCGAUAUUGAGAAGGAAUUGCCGAUCUUUGAGGGCCAGGAGACAGAUGUUGCUGUUCGCUAA